UUUCGGUCGGAGUAGUUGAGUGCGUUUAGCUGGGUACAUACAGGAGGGAGGGAAGACAAUGGACGUCACAGGUGUGCCUGCAGUAGGACCGAGCAGGUGGACAGAAAUCACCAACAGAAGCCUAGCAGAGAAUCUUAUCUAGGCAGGCCAACCUAGAAGGUGAAACCUCUUCUGGUUCCUGUAACAGCUUCUCGGGCUUGAUUGUUUGGUCAGCAGCAUGCGGACUCCGACCCCCAUGAUUGUGGGCAUUGUGCUUGGUCCCUGUGGCCUUGUGUUGAACCUGACAAGCACGCUGGCCCCCAGCUGGAGAGAUGUGACUGGAUUACCUGACAUGCCAAGAGAUGUGAUUCAGCACCAAGGGAUCUGGGAUAUUUGCAAUGAGCAGAUUAGUGACCCCACAAACAAAUGCAACAUCGAAGACACCUUUGGUUACUUUAACCAGCUGCCAGUGCAAGUGGCCAGAGGGCUCAUGCCCUCUUCUCUGGCAGUCACAGUCGUGGGGCUGAUUGUGACUUCCUUGGGCGUGCGAUGUUGGCAGGAAAUGCCCCACCAUUUGCUCGCGGGGCUAGGCGGCCUGGUGCUCUUUGUUUCCGGCUUGCUGAGUUUGAUUGCAGUUUCAUGGUACAAUCAUGAAUUGUAUGUCUUACCUUCUCCUCCAUCUACUACUAUGCGGGUGGCCUACUGCUUGGUUCUUGGAUACUUAGGGAGCUGCCUGGAAAUUAUCGGAGGCAUCACUCUGACUAUUAGCUUCGGCCAAUGCUGCAAAGAGUUGAGACUGAAGAAAAGCACCAUGAAUUCCAGGAAUGCAACCCGCAACCAGCAGAAUCUGUCAACAGUUGGAGCCAUCUCUUCCCCCAUCAGCAGCACACCAGUUCCCCGGCAAUCCUGGAAUCCCAUGCCCAGAUCCUACAGUAAUUCUCUGGAUGUGCUGGAAGGGGAGAGGACCUGGAGUAAGAGCAGGAGUGAGCGCAACCUUCCCUGUGACUCAGAUGUUUAGCCCUAAACUUGAGAAUUCUCACAAAGCCAAAGCAAGGAGGAAAAUUCUUGGUAUUAUACUAUGAAAUGUCCAUCCAGGAAAGUCCUCUUUACCAAUUUAACAUUUCUCCUUCCCUCUUGACAAAUGAAUCUAUAAAAGAGCCACUGAGAUUCUGGAGCAGUACGUGAUUUAUGUAUUUUCUCAGGAUACCGGCAUGCUGCUUAGGCAACAUAUAUUAUAGUCACUGCACACAGAAAAGGUGUAAAUGGAAUGAAUCGUGCCCUUAACCGGGGCCGGAGUUAGGAGUUUGGAGAUGAAGUGGGCUAAGGAUCCUCUCAAAUGAGCCACCUGGUUAGUAAAUAAAAGCAGGAUUUAAAAAAAUAUUGUAAAUUAUGGUAAAAGGUCUAAACAGAAAUUUAAACUGCAAGCAAUAUGCACUGAACUGAGCAGAAACCUCUUACGCUCAAAAACUUACUGCUGAUCAGCCAUGCAUAGGAUUGUCCUGCUGGGUAUUAAAAACUGCUUUUACAACGGUGCUACUUAGAGCUCUUAAGCGUUUGCUUUUUUUACUCUCAGAUGAAAGGCUGAAGGGAGACUUAGUAGAGAUUCUGUACAACUUUUCAUACAAAGCUAUAAUCCUCUUCCUUAAUUAUUCAGAUACGGAGGGAAAGCUGCAAGGAAAACUUAUCCACAUUUGUUUGAAUGUGUAUACAUUCAUAUGAGGAAGGGAAAUCACAGUCAGUUGCACAGAGAAGUUUAUAUACCUUAUGUAGAUAUACUUGAAUGCAGAUAAUUUACUCUUAAGACUUUCUGCUAAGGCUGUGCCAAAACAUGCCUUGCGAUUUAUCAAAAGGGGUUCCCAGCUCCCUCCCUCGCUUCAAAGAGAGGUUUCUAUUUUUCUCAUAUUUCAGGUAGUUGGAAAGUUCUUUCUUGAUGGUGUUUUGAGCUGCUUUAUUGUCCAGCCAAUAGUGUUUGGAGAAAUCUCUUUUUUAUUUUUUGGAAUUCUCUCUCCACUCUCCCUAAUGUAAUUUAAAAAAAGCCCAAGGGGAGUGGUGGUUCCUUCAUAAUGCUUUACUCUGGGAUUCAGUGUGAGAACCAGUAGUGUGCUGUCUGCUCCUGAGAAGAUGAAAUAGUAAAGGAUAGCAUAGUUGCACGUUCCUUUGCCACCUCUUCACUAAAAGAAGUGCAAGGGUAUCCCAUUCCACCAUGAGAAUUUCA